CCGUUGAAUUUCAGACGAACAAAAUGGCGCCCGUCUGAAGUUACUUUAAAUCUCCGUGAUCGAUAUUAUUCGCUUAUUACCGAGUUAGCUUGAAGCUAAGCUAAUAUUUAUAGAAUUAAAAGCUUAUAAAUCCAUUAUGUUUGUGGCGAAAACCAUAGCGGCGGAUCAUAAAGAUCUGAUUCAUGAUGUUUCGUAUGAUUUCCACGGCCGCAGGAUGGCAACGUGCUCCAGUGACCAAAGUGUGAAGGUUUGGGACAGAAGUGACAGCGGCGAGUGGCACUGCACAGCGAGCUGGAAGACUCACAGUGGCUCCGUGUGGCGUGUGACGUGGGCUCACCCGGAGUUCGGGCAGGUUCUCGCGUCCUGCUCCUUUGACCGCACCGCCGCGGUUUGGGAGGAGAUCGUCGGAGAGUCGAAUGACAAACAGCGUGGCCUCAGUCACUGGAUUAAGAGGACGACGUUGGUGGACAGCAGGACGUCAGUGACCGAUGUAAAGUUUGCUCCAAAGCACAUGGGUCUGGUUCUGGCCACCUGUUCGGCCGACGGUGUGGUUCGUAUCUAUGAAGCUCCAGAUGUGAUGAACCUGAGUCAGUGGAGCCUCCAGCACGAGAUCUCCUGCAAACUCUCCUGCUCCUGCAUCUCCUGGAACCCUUCCAGCUCACGUGCACACUCUCCUAUGAUCGCAGUCGGCAGUGACGACAGUAACGUGACCUACACCGGAAAAGUCCAGAUCUACGAGUACAACGAAAACACCAGGAAGUACGCAAAAGCAGAGACCCUGAUGACGGUCACUGAUCCGGUCCACGACAUCGCCUUCGCCCCGAACCUCGGGAGGUCCUUCCACGUCCUGGCCAUAGCAACCAAAGACGUGCGCAUAUUCAAGCUGGUCCCUAUGAGGAGAGAGAGCGCCACCAGCUCAGGACCAACCAAGUUCGAAGUCCAGCUAAUGGCUCAGUUCGACAGUCACAACUCUCAGGUGUGGAGAGUGAGCUGGAACAUCACCAGCACGCUGCUCGCCUCGUCAGGGGACGACGGCUGUGUCCGACUGUGGAAAGCGAACUACAUGGAUAACUGGAAGUGCACAGGGAUCCUGCGAGGCGACGGCAGCCCGGUGAACGGUUCCUCCGUCUCGGCCGCGGCUCUGACCGCCGCGGCUUCGGGAGCUCAGAACAGCGCAGUGGGCGGAGCCAGCGUGGGCAGAAAAAAGACUCAACUGAUGCCAGGCUAACGGGGAUUGACUGUUUGCUGCAUGACACACACACACACACACACACUCACACACACCUUCAACCUCAUCUUCAGUCCUCUAAUCCAACAGAAGCAACUGCAGUGUGUUUGUAUAACAAGUUGUGUGUGUGUGUGUGUGUGUGUGUGUGUGUGUGUGUGUGUGUGUGUGUGUGUGUCAUGCCAGGCUAACGGGGAUUGACUGUUUGCUGCAUGACACACACACACACACACACACACACUCACACACACCUUCAACCUCAUCUUCAGUCCACUAAUCCAACAGAAGCAACUGCAGUGUGUUUGUAUAACAAGUUGUGUGUGUGUGUGUGUGUGUGUGUGUGUGUGUGUGUGUGUGUGUGUGUGUGUGUGUGUGUGUGCGCUAAUGGAGAUGCCCCACAUUAUGUUCUGUUUAAUGCCCAGAGUAAAUAUUCUCACUUGUACCGUUCCUCGUGUCGUGCUUUUGUUUUGUUUUUUUCGGUUUUUUUCAAUCAAUACAGAAACGAAUCUACAAAUUAAUGGAGAUUUUUUAGAAGCUUCACCUGUAAAAUAACUCCAGCGCCGUAGCGAUAAGAUUUAUUUAUUGCUUUCAUUUUUCAUCUGUUGUUUUUUUUUGGUCCUCUUUUUAUUUGUUUUUUUCAGUUUUUUUCCCUUUAGUUUAUGAUGAAUAGAUGAGGGAAAAGAUACCGGAGUGUCGUGUUACAGACGACGCAGAAACAGGUUAUAGUCCAUCAUUAUAUAUCACUAACUGAGACACGUGAGCAUCGCGAUGCCCGAGACGUGAAAGUCGCUCACCUUGUCUCAGGUUGUGUGUUUUAGGAUGUCCUAAAUAUUAAAAAACAAUGACAUCA